AUGCCUACGAAAGCAAGUCAAAAAUUUCAAGGUCCAAGCCUUUAUAAAACGUUUGUUGAUGCUUAUAUGAAAGCUCGACCUGAUGAAAAACGAACUACAAAACAUCAUGAUGCUCAAGCUGAAUGGAAUGAAAUAAAAUGGAAUGAAGAAUAUGUUAAAGAAAAAAUCGAAGAAUAUUUAGAAAUAUAUAAUAAACUUAUUGGAUCUUCUAAUCAAAAUUUUGAACAUCAACCAUUAUCUAUUUCUUCAAACCAACUAAAAACUAAUCGUAAUCGACAAAUAAAAAGAAACAACAUAAAUCAAGAUAAUAAUGAAAAUAUAAAUGAUGAUGAACAAUCGAAUGGUUCUGAUGAUCUUAAUGAUGAUGGUGAUGGUGAUGAUGAUGAUGAUGAUGAUGAUCAUGAUGAUGAUGAUGAUGAAGAUCAAGAAAAAUAUAAAAAGAAAACAAUCCAUAAUAUUAAAAAAAAACGUAAACUAGUUGAUGAAGAAUUGAUUGAAGAUCCACAAGCAUUAUCAUCUGGCGGCCGUCUUUCAUUUGAACCAUUAGUAAAAGAUAAAAGACAACCGGCACAAGAACGUGUUUAUAACGAAUUAAGUGCAAUUAAUGAUCGAAUUGCUUCAUUAAUACAAGUUAGACAAAUGGGUUUAUUAACAAUAGAAAAUAGAAGACAAUUAAAACAAUUAAUGAAAGAUAGAAAAACAAAAACUUAUGCACUAAGACGUCUUCAAUCGAGACAAAAAGCUUCAAAUAAAUAUAGAGUUAAACGAAGAAAAAUUGUUGAACAUUUAUUUGAAACAAAGCCUGAAUUACAUCCACAAUUAAAAAAAAUUUAUCGUCCUGGUGGUGGUCGACCACGAAUUGAAGAACAAAUACCUAAUUUAUUAGAAAUAAUUGAAGAAAUUGCAAAAGUUGGUGGAGCAAGUGAUGAUCGAAGACGAUCAGAAACUAUUCGACCUUGUUUAACAUUAGAUGAUUUAAGAGAAAAAAUUCGACAAAGAGGCUAUGAUAUUAAAAGAACAACACUUUAUUAUCGUCUAUUACCUCAUCGUGCAUCAUCAAGAGAUGGUCGUCGUCAUGUUAAUACUGCUCCUGUUCGUCUUCGUCGUGCUCAAAAUGAUGAUCAUGGAAAACAUGAAGAUGGUCAUUUUGCUACGGCAACAAUACGUUAUAUGAAAGAUUUAGCUUCAAUAUUCGGCAAUGAUUGUGUUCUUUAUUUAUCUCAAGAUGAUAAAUGUAAAGUUCCAUUAGGUUUACCUGCAGCUAGAGUUCAAGCACCAAUGUUAAUGCAUUUGGACUAUCGAAUAAGUUUACCAGAUCAUGAUUGGGUAGUUGCACCACGACAUCAAUUAACACCAAGUGUAUAUGCCGCAUGUCUUUUAUCUGAAAAUGGAGAUUUAGGUUAUUCAGGUCCAACAUAUGUAGCUAUACGUUCAGCUAAACAUGAUCUAUCAACUGCUGAAUCUCAUGCAACAGAUUUUGAUCGUCUUGUUUGUUUAAAAGAAUUUGAAAAAGUAGCACGUGAUGAAACUGGACAAGUUAAACCAAUUAUUAUUGUUACUGUUGAUGGUGGUCCUGAUGAAAAUCCACGUUUUCCAAAAACACUUGUUGCAAAUAUUAAAAAAUUUAAAAAAUAUAAUUUAGAUGCACUUUUUGUUCUUACACAUGCGUAAGUUUUUUUUAUAUUUUAAUAUUAAAAAAUUUUUAAAUAUAUUUCUUUUUUUUUUUUUUUGAGUCCUGGUCAAUCAGCUUAUAAUAUAGUUGAAAG